AUACAGGGAAAAACAAUUAGUCUAAAAAUGUUAUUUGGAUCAGUCAGAUAUACUAAAUUUCGUAUUUGAGACAAAUGUAACAAUUACAGAAUGGCAAGUGUUCAGUGGGUGUUUAACUUUGCUAAUGCAAUUCUAGGAGUCAGUUUGCUAGCAUUACCUUAUUGUUUCAAAGAAUGUGGAAUUAUUUUGUCAAUUUUUAUGAUUCUUCUUUGCGGAUAUGUUACAAAAGUGACUUGUGAAUAUCUUUUGCGCACUGCAAAUUUUACUCGGCAAUCAUCUUAUGAGAGUAUAGCUUUUCAUUUGUUUGGACCCAUUGGAAAGUUUGCUACUGAAUUUUGCACAAUUGGCUUGGUUUUAGGAAUACUAAUUUCUUAUCAAAUUGUAAUUGGAGAUCUUGCACCCUCUGUUGUGUAUAACUUAGUUGGAAUUCAGAAUUCUCCAAAAUUACGUGCAAUAUUAAUGGUGAUAUCAAAUUUUGCCAUGCUUCCCUUAUGCAUGAUGAAACAAGUAUCUAGUCUUUCUGCUUUCAAUUUUGUUACUGUUGCAUUCUACAUUUUAUUCAUGUUUAUUAUUUUUUGGUAUGCUUUAUCAAACAUGUUACUGAACUCAUUUUGGGAUAAAGUAGAUCUUUGGAAUUCAUAUGCGAUUUUUCGAUGUUUACCAAUGAUUGCCAUGGCAUUUUCAUGCCAGACUCAAGUCUUAAUGAUACUUUCUGCUCUACCUGAUCCAACUAUGAAAGCAAUGGUUGAUGUCAUUAAUAGCGCCAUUAAUCUCUCAGCUACAUUAUACAUCGGUGUGGGUUUGUUUGGAUAUCUUGCUUUUUAUCCAGAUUAUAUUUAUGGUGACAUCUUAGAUAAUUUUGCAGCAUCUUUCAUCUCUGAUUUCAUUAAACUUGGAUUCUGGGUAACAGGAGUACUCAGUUUUCCACUUAUUCUUUUCCCCGCUAGAACAGCAAUCAACUCGAUUUUAUUUCACAAACAAAGAGAAAACGAGCAUCGUGAUUCUAUUUCGACUGCUGAUGAUUAUAUAGCUUCAGACAUUUACACAUACAUUACUCUUGGAUUAGUAUUUGGUACACUUAUUAUUGGUAUUUUAGUUCCAAAUAUUGAAGUAGUUCUUACGACAACAGGUGCCGUUAUCGGAAUAUUUUUGUGCUAUAUUUUUCCGUCUGGUUUGUUUAUUGUUGCUAGUGGUAAUGAAAAAAUGAAACGAGGAGCGCAGGUGAUUUUAUUGGUAUCUGUUGCAUCCAUGAUAUUUAGUACACAAGCGAUUAUUACACCAGUUCAUCCACUUAAAGCUAAGUCAGAUGCAGUAAAAUUAACUGAAACAACACCUCUUCGUAAUGUAAAUAUUGAAAUCGAUAACAUAGGAAUUGAUCGACAUUUAAAUACUUAUAUUGAUUCAAAUGAGCUCGCAUUGGAUUCGGAAAAUGCUGUAAAGGUCAAAAAAGUUAAUGUGCUGUUGAACGACCCACACGGUGAUUUUUUACUUAAAGAAAUCGAGAAUAACGACUUAUCGAAUAAUGAAAAUAACAUAGCUACUCGUGAAAAUAAUAUGGUUAAUCAGGAAAAUAAAAUAUUGAAUAAUGAAAUUAACGAUGUUAAUCGUGAAAAUAACAUCUUGAAUAAUGAAAUUAACGUAGUUAAUCGCGAAAAUAACAUAGUGAAUAAUGAAAAUAGUCGCAACUUUAAUUUGGAUGUAGACAAAAACCAGAAUGAUUCUUUAAUUUCAUUGAAUAAAAGAUUUUUAAAGCAACUUUAUGAAAUGGAUAUUAAUGAUACAUAAAAUCACGCAAUUAUUUAAUGCAUUUUUUUGCCUUAUUUUUACCCGAAGGUUUAUUUAUAUAUUGUAA